ACUACGCAAUUCACAGGGAAAACACAACAACAAUACAUCGAAAAUACAGGAAAAUCGCAAUUUAAGCAACUUAAAAAUUAGUGAGAGUUGUCGUUACCAUAUUAAUAAAUAACUAGAAAUCAAAGAUUACUGCAAAUGAAUCAAAGCUGUUUUGAGUACGAAGACCACGAUUGCAACGAUAACGGCGACGGCGUCUUUUUCCGCAGCGCAACUUUCGCAAGAUCUGCCAAGAUGAGCAUACGUACGCGUGCGCUUGUCUUCUCCACGUUCUUUGGCAGCUGUUUGGCCAUUGGGCUGCUACUGGUCAGUGUGACUACCAACCAUUGGGUCCGGGCGUAUCCAAAACGCAUCAACUCAACGGAGGCCAAGGGAGAUGUUAACUUUGGCUUGUUCUAUGGCAGUCAAUAUUUGAAUUUCGGAGUUGGGGAGCGAUGUCAUUCGAUUGAAGUUUACUCAUUUAUUCGAACGGAGCACGGCGAUAACAGCUUCUUUUUGUGGCUGAUCACCACGCUUGGCACUGGACUGGGGCUGCUAGCUUGCGCCGUGGCUGCCAUAGCUGCCGUGCUAAAGUCCGCGUCAGCCGCUAAGAAGGGCGGCACCAUGGUUCUCCUGUUGGCCUCGAACAUUUCAGCGGCUUGUGCUCAAGUAGUUGCUUUUGUGGCCUGGCUGGUGCAGUUCUACCAGUAUCUAAUACACAACGUUCUCUUAACCGAGCACCAGAAACAGCAUUGGACCAGCACCGGGUUGGCCAAUCUUGGCUACAGCUUCUAUCUGGUUAUUAUUUCCACAAUUGUAAUUCUCAUUAAUAUAACAAUUCUACUGUAUGUCAAGCGACGUGAGCAUCGCGAUCUUCAUCGCUUAGAGCCGCUGAGUCAGGAUAAAAAUCAGGCGGGCAUAAUGCUCUACUAGCCAGAUGUAUCGGAAAUAAUAAUCCUAAAGUAACCUCAAGUGAAAAAUGUUCGAUCAAACGAUGCGGUUCAAACGAGCACCACAUAAUCUCAGCGGCCCACAUAACUGUGCCUUACUUAAUGAUGCCCUAUGAAUGCCACAUGAUAAAUAUCGAAUAUAUAUCUCUAUUUAUAUAUAUUAUACAAAUGUAUCAAUUUAUAUCUAUAUCUUAUUCGUAGUCCUUAAGUCAAAAUAUAGUCAAGUCUGAUACGCAUUUUGAUAGCACAUCAAACUUGAUAAGACAAACGCACGAUAUAUAUAACUUAUAAACAUACUUCUUGUAUUUACAUAAGUAUUCGAAAUGUUAUAUAAUCCAUGCAUUUUUAUACUCGAAUCAACUUUAUAUACUCUUUUAUGUACUCUUUGCUACAAGCUGCUAAUUGACAGCUAUUUAUGUUUUAUCAUUAUACAAAUAAAACAAUAGUCAUUGUUAAGUUAUAAAA